AUGUCCCCAGCUCUUUUUAAUAUUCACAUUAACGAUAUUGAGAACUCAAUCCCAGAUGGAUUAGCCAUAAAUAUAUGCAAAUACGCGGAUGACUGUACACAGGACGAAGUGGUGUCACAAGAUUCAUCCAGCCAUAUGCAGGAGGCCCUUGAAGCAGUACAAGAAUGGUCUAAUAGGAACAAAAUGACGAUAAAUUCGAAGAAAACAAAAGAUAUGUGGAUAUGUUUUAACACAGCAAUACCGGCACCAGAACCAUUGGUCAUUGGAAACGAGGCAGUGGAAAGAGUAAAUUCUCAUAAACUGUUGGGUGUCUGGCAUCAAAACAAUUUGAAAUGGAACUGUCAUGUCAAGAACAUUGUAAGGAAAGCAAAUAAGCGAAUGUUUAGUCUGAGAGAAUGUCGUAGAGCGAAUCUUCCUACUGAGGUCGGUAUUACAUCUUAUGAAUCCAAGAUUAGACCUGUUUUAGAGUAUGCAGCUCUGAUAUGA